AUGCAGGCCAACGACACCGACAUCCUCCCUCGCGCCGUUUCCUCUGGGUCAAUCCUCCCCAGAUUAUGUUUUACAAUUCGCUUCAUACCAACAACUCAGGAGCCGGACGGCGAUGGGGCGACCAAGGAUCUGCAGCGCAAGCUGCAGCAGAGACAAGACGAACUGGACAUGCUGCAGAUCGCAAAUGAGACCCUGCAGGCGCAGUGCAAGCGAACCCAGGCGGCCGUGGAGCGCGAGGAAGAGAUUAAAGAGGCCAUGAAUGACGCGCUCGGAGCGUCCCAGCGGCGAAUCACGGACCUCGAGGGCGAGCUCGAGCACGCCAAAGCGAUCGCCGCAGCGGCCGAGAAAUCCCAAGACCAGGGCACCGAGGAGGAGGGAGGCGACUCGAGCGAGCUGGAAAAGUUGAGGAAGAAGCUGAAGGUCUCCGCGGGUCUGGUCAAAAAGCUGAGGGACAGCGAGAACGGCCUGAGGGACGAGCUCGCGGCGGCGCAGAGACGAAUCGCGGAAGGGGUGAAGGAUCGCGAUGCCGAGGAGCGCGCCGUCGCCACGCAGAGAAACCUCCUGCGGAAGACGGAGGAAGACGUCGCCUCGCUUCGCGACCGACUCAGAGCCAAAGAAGACGAAGCGCGAGCCCAAGAAGAGGCCAACGCGGAGGCAUCCGCGGCGCAGGCUGCGAGGGCGGAGGAGCUGCACGAGCGCGUCGAGGCGCUCGAGGCGGAGGUGGCGGAGUCGAAGGCGACGUUGGAGCGGAAGGAACUGGAGAGCGGCGCGAUGACCGCCGCCGCGUUCGAUUCCGCCAACGCGCAGGCGAACAAGUCCGAGGAGUUGCAGCACGAGCUGGAGGCAUUGCGCGCGGAGCUGGAGGCGGCGAACGAACGGACGGAGCAGGUUCGCGUCGACGCCAACGCGAAGAUUGAGAGGGCAGAGGCUGCGUACCGAUCGAUGGAGGAGGAGUUGGCAGCGGCGAAGGCGAAGGAGGGCCCCGAUCCCUCGCUCCAGGCCCAGCUGGACAAGAAAAAGGCCCAGCUCGAGGUUGCGAACAAACUGAUCAAGACGAUGAAGGAGAACGAGAAGGCGCUGGAGGAGAAACUCUCUUCCACGAACAGCGGGGAUUCCGGAGGUGCCGACGUUGAAAAGAUCCGCUCUGAUGCCAACGCAAAGAUUGAGAGGGCCGAAGCCGCCUACAAGGAAAAAGAGGCCGAGCUCGAGCGAGUUCGCGCGGAUGCAAACGACAAGAUCGAAAAGGCCGAGGCGGCUUACAAGGAAAAGGACGCGGAGCUCAGGGCUGCGCAGGCGAUCGGUCAGGGUAAGGGGAAGGGAAAAGGUAAAAAGGGUGGGAAGCAGGGCGACAACCCCGAUGAUGUCGAGAAGAUCCGCGCCGACGCCAACGCCAAGAUACAAAAAGCAGAAAUCGCUUAUAAAGAAAAGGAGGAGGAGGUCGAACGCCUCCGUGCAGACGCUAACGCCAAGAUCGAGAAGGCCGAGGCUGCUUACAAAGAGAUGGAUGAUCAAAUCACCAAGCUGCGCGCAGAGGCAAAUCAAAAGAUUGAAACCGCCGAAAAGGCGGCCAAACUGAGCAACGACAACGCAGCCAAGGCGCUCGAGGCUUCCGCCGCGAUGACCGACGAGAUAAACCGGCUCAUGCAAGAGAUAGACCGACUCAACCAGACGAUGCCCUCGUCUGAUGGGGGGAAGACCUCCGCGUCGUCCCCCGCGUUGAAAGGGGCCGUCGCCGCCCUCGAGCAAACUCUGGCCGAGGCGGAGUCCUCCUUUGCGCGAGAACGCGAGUCCCUCGUCGGGGAUCUCGCGGCCGCCAGAUCCGAGGCAAAGGAGGAGAAAAACGCGAGGGAGAGCGCCGAAGCGGACGCCAACGCCGCCAGGUCCGACGCCGAGACGCAGCGCGCCGUCGCGCUCGCCGCCGCCGCCGAGAGGGACGGGAUCUCCGCCGCAAAGAAGGAACUGGAGGCGGCGCUCGAGGAGGCCGUGCGCGAUGCAGACGCGGUCCGCGAGGAGUGCGCGCGCGCGAAAACCGCAAUGAGCGACGCCGCGCGACGCCUCGACGACGUCACGAAACGACACGCCGCGACGGAACGAUCGUCCGCGGAGUCGGCGGCUCGCGUUGCCGAGCUCGAAACUUCAAUCGAGUCGCUGGAGGGGGAGCUCGCGAAGUCCAUCGAGGAUCUUCGGGAGACCAACCUCCGGCUUGAACGCGCCGAGGCGGUCGCGGACGCGGCCGGGGACAAGGAUCAGGUCCUGGCCGAGGCGAGAACGGCGAAGCGCGACGCGGAGGAGGCGUUGACCGCGGCUACGGCGUCUGCUCGCGCGGCAAAGGCAGAUGCCGACGCCGCCAGGGCCGACGCCGCCGCCGAUGCCAAAAUCGCGGCGUCGCUUCGUUCACAGCUGGCCGAGCUCGAGCAGAAAGCGGCUUUGAUGGAAAAGAGAGUCGAGGCGGCCACGGAACGCGCCGACUCCGCGGAGAAGGCCAACAAGAGCCUCGCCUCGAUCGAGUCUGCCCUCGCGGAUGCCAGGAAAGAGCACGCCGCCGAUGCGUCUCGCAUGCAGUCGGCCUGGGACAAGGAACGCGUCGCUCUGGAACGCGAGGUGGAGGCACUGCGCGAAGCCGGCGCGGAGGACGCGGCGAGGGAGACCGCGCGCGACUCCGGGGUCGCCAGGCGGAUCUCCGAGCUCGAGCAAUCCGCCGAGGAGGCUGCCGUCGCCGCCGCCGAGGAAAAACGUGUAUACGCCGAGCGUUACGCGGCGCUAUCGGCAGACUUCGAGGCAAGCGCCGAGCGGUGCCUCGAGCUCGAGACUUUGUGCAAGAAACUGCGGGACGAUAUCGAGUCUGCCGAGAGACGGGAGCUGGCGUCGAAGGAGGUGAACGACCGGCUCACCGACCUCGCCGCCGCCGCCGAGGGAAACGCGUCGGUGGAGAUUGCCAGGCUCCGAGCCGAGCUGGCGGCGGCUGUCGCCGACAAGGAGACGAUGCUCGCCCAGAACCUGGAGCUCGAAGCCGCCGCGGAGGUGGCAUCCGCCGCCAUCGUGGAAGCCAAGGCGGACCAAGACGCGGCCGUAGCGAGGGUUGAAGCCGCGGAACGCCGCCGCGCCGACGCCAGGGGCGAGACGGAGGGGCUCGAAAAGGAACUCGCCGGGAAGAAGGCGAAGAUUGACUCCCUGGAGGCUGAGGUCAAGGAGCUCCGCGCGAAAGAGACCGACGCGGUCAAGGAGUGCGAAUCACUCCGCGCGGAGAUUGCACGCCUGGAGGCUGGGUCCGCGGCGAGGACCCGCACCGACGACGAGAACAAGAUCAAGUCAGAGAUGUACGCCACCCAGGAGGCGGAAACGCUCAAGGUGAAACUGGCGGAGGCCAACGCUUUAAACGACCGACUCCAGAAACAGGUUCAACGCGCCGAAGCCGCCAAGCACGACGCGGAGAAGGAGAGAGAGAGCCUCAGGGAGGGCAUCAACAAGACCGCGAGGGAGAACCGCGCGCUGACCGCCCGCGUGGCCCACCUCGAGGCGCAGGACGCGUCGCACGAAAGGGAAAAAAAUGAGGCUCUCCGCGAGGCUGCCGCGGCGCGGGCCGAUGCCGAAGCGUCCUCGGCGUCGGCGGCGCAGGCCUCAUCCGCACGCGCCGCGGCGGAACUUCGAGCCGAGGAGCUCAGGGAUCAGCUUCGAUCCGCGAGGGGAGACGUCACCUCCGCCGCCGCCGCCGCGUUGGAGAUGGAGCGACACAUGGGCUCGGCUCAGCGGGCAGCCGCGGAGUCGGCCAUGAAACUCAAAACGCACAGCGCGGGCAAGGAACUGGUCUCGCUGAGACUGAGAGAAAAGACACAGGAGCUCAGCGACAUGGCGGAGACGCUCAGGGAGGAACGCGCGAAGCGAAGGGAGGAGCGCGAGACGAUCGCCGCCGAGAAGGAGACGCUCAGGGUGAAGCUCGCGGCUUUGGAGCGGCGCCUGGAGGACCGAACCGAGGAGCUGGAGACGGCGCGCGCCGAGCUGGGCGCCGCGACGGACGAGGUGGCGAAGAUGUCGUCGGAGUGCGCGAGAUCGGAGGAGCGCGCGGCGAGCGCGGCGGCGAGGGCGCAGAGGCUGCAUCAGAGGCUGUUCCCGGAUGGCGCGCCGCCGGGAGAAGACUCGGACGAUGAAGCCGUCGACGCGGUGACCCCAAUCCGAAAGGGUAAAGGCCGCGGCAACAAAGCCCGGCUGGCGGUCGUGCGCGCCACCCUGCUAGGUCAUCCGUCGUUUCCCGAGGGCGUCGACGUGACCGCGGCCAUGCGACAGAGGGCCAACUCGGAGGAUGGCGAACGCCUCUGCGUGCGCGUGUCCGAGAAUCUUCGCGAAGUCUUUGGCGAUCGCUACCCCGCCGACGACGACGCGUGCAGGGCCGCCCCCAAGACCGAGGGCAAGCUGACCGUCGAGUACCGGUCCACGUACUUUGGCGAGGGCGGCGGCGCGCUCAGGUGCACGGUUCGCGUCGGGGGCGUGACCAGCCGAACGCCGUUUCUGACCGAGUCGAUGUGGAUCGAGGCGAAGCCGUCCGCGGCUGACCACGCCGCCAGAACCUCCGCCGCGCGAAUCAGGGACGCCGAAUCCGCGGUGGCGUCCGCGAGAUCGAGGGCCAUCGUGCUCGAGGGCAAGGUUCGCUCGCUCACCGACGAGUUGGUGCUCGCGAAGGCGUUUGCGUCCGGUUUGGAGCGAAGGGAGCGCGAGCUGGACUCGGCUCUGGCCAAGAUGCGAACGAGGUGGUCGAUGGCUGCGGAAUCUUCCGAUCGGAACGAAUCCGACGCCGAUCGGCACAGGAAGGCGGCGUUUGCCGCCGCCGCGGUCGCGCACAGGGCGGUGGAAGAUGCGCGCACGGAGGCGGAGAUCGCCGUGAUGGAGGCGGUGCGGCUCGAGCGCCUGAGCGCGGACCAGAGGGCGAGGGAGAUUCGACUCUCCCAGUCGGGCAAGGGUCGCGGCGUCGGCUCCGCGUCGGACUCGGUCAAGGGAUCCUGGGGCGAACCCAGAGCCGACCGAACCCCGUCCGUGCCCAGCCGCGAGACGACCUCCCUCCCCGCGAAGAGCCCCGUCGACUUUGGGUACAAGAGCAGGAGUAAGGUUCGCGCGGCGAUGCGAGCCGAGGCUGAGGCGUGGGAGCGAGCGAGAGCGGUCUCUGGGGUGGGAGAGUCCGUCGCGACGCGCGCGCGUGCGUCGUGGGCUCGGGGACGCGACGUACCCGAGCCUUUCUUGACCCCACGCGCGUCUCUCUCCGCGCCCAAGACGGCGGCGAGAUUGGGCCCAACUGCUCAAUCCCGUCAAUCCGCGUCAAUCGCGCGUCGAGACUUUCGCCUCAUUGGACGCGAAUCGCCCUCGGAGGAAGCGCGACGCAGGGCGGACGCCAGGGUCGCCGCGCUGCGCGCCUCUCGCCAAUCCGCCUCCCGCGACGCCGGCCCCAACUCGCCCACGAAUCCCAAGCCCCGGGAUUCAACCUCGAACUCGAGCUCGAGAGUCGCGAGGGCCAUCACGCCGCGCCGCGGAUCUGCGGGCUCGAUGGGGCGCAAGGGCGGCGCGCUGAGAGCCAAGCUCGAGGCUGCGGAGGCGAGGUUAGCGUCCGCGGUGGCGGAACGGGAGGCGCGACUGGCAGAGGCUGAGGCCUUGCGUCGAAGGGCGUGGGCAUCCUCCGUGACGGGGACGUCGUCGAGCCGGGACGAGAUUGAGACGCUGGCGCGAACCGUGAUUGCGAGGAGCGAGAGGGUUCUCCGGGAGGACGAUUAA